CUAGAACUCGAGAUCGAUACUUGUAUAAAAGAACCUUGACCGACUAGCAAAUCUUCUAACAAUGUCUGCCCCAGAAACCGCUACCAAAUUCGCACCUACCCAAUCCUCCUCUGUCCUCGGUGGACAGAUCGUCGGCCGCACUGAGCGCCAGGCUGCCCCUCCCGCAGCUUUGAAGCUCCGUCUUGACCUCAACCUCGAGGUGGAGAUUGCCAUCCAGGCUAAGGUCAAUGGCGACAUUACCUUGUCACUCCUGCCCACCGCUUUCACUAUACCUAUCAGCACAACUGAACAGGGUUAUCGAACGAUCCCCAUCUCGCUGGGUACAGCUCCUCAAGAGUUCAAUCUUUGGCUCGACACAGGUUCGGAUCCUACAUGGGUCCUGAACCAGUCGUGUGCCGGCUCUUGUCCAAUUUCAGACGCCAACCGUACGGCUUAUAUCCCAUCGAAAUCCUCGACUUAUAAUGCCACUGGAGAAACGCUCAACGUCGACUAUCUUGGGGGCGCCGUUUCCGGAAAAAAAAAAAACAGCAUGAUCUUCACAGAUGCUUUGUCCAUUGCGAACUCCUUGACCGGAGUCUCCACACGAGUCCUCCCCGCUUCUUUAUCUAAUUGGAGUACGCCCGGGGACAAAUUUUACUCACAGUGGCGUAGGGAUGUCGUCCACGCCUCCCUCCUUGAGAGUCUCCUCAAUCCGGAGACCCUCGAAGCGCAUGAAUUGGCCAUUUAUGCCGGACAAGAACUGUCACCAAACAACGGCGUAUUCCAAUUUGGCGGUCACUCCACGGAGUACAGCAGCACGGAUGUAACGUACUUCAAUGUCCAGCGAUAUUCUAACUACAACAAUGAGCUUAUCUACUGGUCCACCUAUAUCAAUCGGGUCGACUUCAGUUUGAAUGCGAACGGGAGCAUACACAUUAAUACUGUAGAUGUGCAGAGUUAUGCGGUCUGGGAUACUGGCUCGUCCCUGAUAACCGUGCUGGAGAUUUACAUUGAGGAUAUCUACGCAGGCAUUGGCAUGAACUACACCUUCAUCUAGCAGGGUGGUCGUCCAUUAUGGAGGAUCUUUGCAAACUGGACUUUAACAUGACCAUGACGCUUCCGGAGGGCACGAUCACCAUCCGCCCUGCAGACCUGAUAUUGCCGGGAUAUACAGAGGAGCAAUACUGUUGGCCUAUGUUCGAGCCGUCCUCUGGAAAUGGAUGGCUCGUCGGUAUCGGGCUUAUUCGCAAUUUCUAUACGGUGUAGGAUCUAGGUGGCUGGGAUAUACGGUCAAACGAUUUGCAACCGCGACUCGGGUUUGCAGAGUUGAAGGCUG